UAAAUUACCGGUAAAAAACGCGUCAAUGACCAAGCCUGUUUUACCAUACCGGUCAGAAAAAUGCUGAUCUCUGAUUGGUUAAUACAUGUCCAAUCACAGUUUAGAAUUCCCAACGGCAUACAACUGUUUAUUUGUUCUAUCAGAUAAGGAUUUUCAUUGAGAACUUGGUGCAAUGGGGGAGAACAAAUCAAUAUAUAAACAUUUCUCUGCAUUACCUCUGCAACCUAACCAAAAAUCGUAUUCAUGUAACUAUUGCAAGAAAAAGUAUGCAGAAAACAUUACUCGCAUGCGAAAACAUCUUUAUAAAGAGUGUAGAAGUUGUCCUCAAGACUUACGGAAACUUUUAAAACCAUGUAAACCUCGUAAACGAAAUAAUUCUCAUCUAAACAGCACAGACGACUCAUUUACUAUUGAAGAUUUGAAUGAAGCAGACAAUAGAGCAAGUACUUCAAUGAUUUCAAAUGAAAAUUUACCAAAUAAUAUAAGUGUUUGUAGCAAUAACUAUAAAAAAAAUACAAUCGAUAGUUUUUGUGAUAAAAUGUCAAAAAAAGAUGAAGAUUCUCUACAAGAACUACUUGCAGAAGCGAUUUAUGCAUCUGGUACACCAUUAUGUAUAACAGAAAAUCCAUAUUGGCUAAAAUUUUUUAACGCAUUACGGCCUUCAUUUAAUUUGCCAUCAAGAAAUCAAAUAUCAAAUAAUCUUUUAGAUUCAGUAUUCGUUAGAACACAAAAUAUGGUUAAUGAAAAAAUUGAAUCUGCUACUACUGUUGGAGUGCAAUGUGACGCAUGGUCUAAUAUUCGCAAAGAAGGAAUCAUCAAUUUUAUUGUAACAACCCCAGCGCCAGUUUUUUUCAAAACAUUUCCAACUGGAACCGAAUCACAAACUGCCUUAUAUAUUUCUGAAAAAAUAGGAAGUGUUAUUGAUGCUUUGGGAAUUAAAAAAGUUAUCGGAAUUUGUACAGAUAAUUGUGCUGCAAUGAAAAGUGCUUGGACUUUGAUAGAUCAAAAGUAUAAUGUCGACAAAUUGUAUUGUUAUGGUUGUACUGCUCACAUUCUUAACCUACUCAUGAAAGAUAUUGGUAGUCAAGCAAUAUUGGAAAUAUUUUUUCGGAAGAAGAAAAGCUGAGCAUAUAUACUUGUUUAGAAAAUCGUAAAACUAUGGCUCUACGGCCCAUACAUUAUGCAGCUAACUUACUUGAUCCUCAAUUAAAAGGAAAAAAUUUAAAUAGGUCAGAAAUGGUUGAAGCUCAUCAAUUAAUUAUAAAUCUUGGUGAUAAAUUAAAUCUAAAUAGUGAUAAGGUAUUCAAAGAUUUAACAGAUUAUGUGUCAGAAUCAAGUAUGUGGAGUUACGACUACGUUAAGCGAGCAAGUAUAAUCACUUCAGCAUGUCAAUGGUGGCAAAGUAUUUGCCAAAAAUCUUCGUUGAGCAAAAUAGCUGUGGCUAUAUUGACUUUACCUGCAACAUCAGCUGCAACCGAGCGUUCCUUUAGUACACAAGGAUGGAUUCAUUCAUCUAAAAGAAAUAAGUUAAGUAUCGAUAGAGCUGGAAAAAUAACAUACAUUGCAAGAAAUUUAAAAUUACUUAAUCCUUCACCAAAAAAUACAGAAGAAGAAUGGGAAGAAGAUGAGGAAAGUAAUAAAGGAGAGGAUGAAAUAAGUGAAAUUUGUGCUGAGCAUGAAGAAGUUGAAUUUUUAGAAGAAGAAUUUACUCAAGACUAAUUAGUGAUGUUGAUGGAAUUGAAUCAGUAUUAGACUUGUUAUUUCCUAAUGAAAUAUGUCAAUUAUUA